CCUGUUGGGUAGUUAGUUGACUUUCAGCAGCUGAUGGUGGGCUAUAUGUGUUUGGACCGUAUACUACGACGCAUGGCCUGAUUGACUCAUUGAAUUUUAUUAAUUUUAUCAAAAACAUGAAUUUCGUCAGGUCUCGCUUUUCCAUUGGCAACGUUUUAGGUCAGAGGUGCAGGCAGGCCGCUGAAACAUGGAGCCACAGAGGGAUGUGCAAUAAACCGCAGGAGGUCAAAGCAGAGUCUCUGCCUGCAGCCCCAGCAGAAGCAGCUCGCCCUGCGUUCAGAAUCCCAGGCUCCAGACCCUCGGAGAUGGACAAGAAGUUUUUGGUCUGGUCGGGACGUUUUAAGACCCCAGACCAGAUACCAGACUUUGUUUCGUUCGAGAUGCUCGAUGCUGCCAGAAACAAAGUCAGAGUGAAAGCCUGCUAUGUGAUGAUGGCGGUCACAAUUGGAGCCUGUCUGGUGACGGUGAUCCUGGGCAAGCGGGCUGCAAGCAGGCACGAGUCCUUGACAGCGUUAAACAUGGAGAAGAAAGCUAAGUGGAGGCAGGAACUACAAAAGGAGGGGGAAGCUGCUGCUGCUGCCGCCGCUCUGUCUCAGAAGGCUCAGUGAUGAGGGACGGCUCGUCUCUGCACAACCAUGUCAUUUUCCCCAAAUACUGCGCCAGUAGUGUCCCCCCCUCCUUACUGUAUGUAUCACAGCGUCGAAGCUCUCCACUCCCGUUCCUCUGUGAGAAGCAGAGCAGCAAAAAGGUAUCAGAGCAAUUGAUACUUAGUCGUACUUUUUCAACCAGCAGAGCACACAAUUAUGGACUUUUUUUUCAUUUCAUCACUUUGAAACCCAGUGUGUGAUUGUAUUGAGGUUAAUAACUGGCAACUGUUUUUGGGGAAACGCCGCUAAUGUGGCGGAAUCUGGUUAUAUUAGAGGAGAAUGGAAAAUGCAGGUUUUAAAAUGUUUUUCAAACAAUAAAUCAGUUGCACAGACCCACCAGUUGGGAUUGAAGUACUCUGUCAAUGCUUCUAACAAACCUCUCAAGCUCUCUAACGUAAAUGCCUUAGAUGUCCCUGUUCUUAAAUCUGCCUCAGAGGCAACAGUCUUUGUUUUUAUCCGCCUUGUGAAGACACUUCAGACCUCCAAAGGUUUGAAAUGGUCUUCAGUUUUCUAAAGCGAACAUCAAGAAGUGGCUCAGGCAUAAGAUCCAUCUGUACAACGGUCAGAAUCAUGUGAUCAGGUUUGUCACAUUGUAUAUAGUGAGCACCAAAGGAAUUCAGUUUAAUAAAGUGAUGUUUCUUGAGA